GCCAGGCCGCGCCCCGGGGGCCGCAGCCAAUCGGCGCGGGCAGGGGCUGCGCGCGGCGCCCGCGGCCGCCAUCUUGUGGGAGGGCAGAGGCGAAGGGCAGAGCGCGGCGGAGACGGGGCGGCCGAGGACAAGCAGCCAUGGCUGGCCAUGACUCGGGAUCUCAACACCAGUUCACUGGAUUUCAGAAGUACUUCAAUUCCUAUACCAUCAUAGGCAGGAGAAAUUAUGUGAUAGCAACGUACGCAGGUGUUGCACUCCUUGUCUUGUAUUUCAAGUUUAGGCCUAAGAAGCAAACUGCUGUGACAGCUAAGUAAAAGAGUAAAGGAGCACCAUAUGAUGGAAAUGUGUGUUGCACAUGAUUAUUCAAGGCCCAUGCAGAAGUGACUGGACUUGUAUAGCAACAACCAAGUGUUACAAAAUUUUGGAUUCACUUUCAAAUAAAGAAUUUUCACCAAAAUGGCAUUUUGGCAAAACCUAUCGGCUGUCCUCAUAGCCUGAAGAAAGGCAUAUAAACCAAUAAGCUUUAGCAUUGUUGUUGUGUGUUAAGGGGACAUCAGUCAGUUCUUCCUGGCUGUGCUGAAAUCUGGCUGCUUGUAGCUAAAAUAGUUUGGGCUUGGGGCAGGGGGAUGGAUGCUCAGUUAAUAUGAAUUAACAAGAAUUACUAUGUUUGACCUUUCUUCUCUUGGCAGGUUCCUGGCAUGUCUGAACCUCCAGUCUGUGUCAAUGUAAUUAAUGCAAGCUGAUGACCUGUUGUGGCUAAUAAAAUAUAAAUAAUUACA